AUGAACGACCCAAUGUACUUGAAGGACGUCGCGAACCAGUGUGUAAAGCCUAAGCAGUUGCUAAAGUUUAAUCCGCAGUCUAUUCAUUUGCUGAAUUCAUUCGCGUCGCACCGCAAUACGUUGGUGGAUAUUGCAUGCAAGCAGCGGUCAAGCGACUGCUAUCAUGGCAGCGAGCAUGCCAAACAAAGUGUAGAGCUCAAGUUUGGCGACUUUGUUGAUUAUUAUCAAGCUUCAUACAGGAACGAGUCGCAUUGGCUGCAAACAGUAGAUGACCUAGAUUUUUAUCUAGCGCAAUGCACCAUCGCAGUUUCAAAACCUGAUGCAAAGGCGAUUUUGCCAGAUAUAAUGGAGGAUAUUAACUUACCUAAAUAUCUUAAAGACAAACACAUCUCUCAAGUGAAUCUAUGGAUGACUGUGCAUGCGAGCCGAACAACGCUGCAUUAUGACGCGUACCAUAACAUCUUGGUGGUUUUGUACGGAAGGAAAUUUGUAACGUUGUACCCUCCGUCAGACUCGCAGAAGUUGUAUCCGUUCCCACUGCAUUCCAAGUCUGUGAACCAUAGCCAAGUCAACAUUGUGCAGCCCGACAUUAAGAAACAUCCACAAUUUCUAAAAGCAUCGGCUAAACAAUUCGAAAUCAAAGCGGGGGACGCACUCAUGAUCCCAGAGGGGUGGUGGCAUCAGGUGGAUUCAGACGAAUUCACUAUUGCUACUAACUAUUGGUGGAAUGGUAUGCGUGAACAACUGGUAGCAGACAAACGUAUGGUUCCAUAUUAUGCUCGUGUUAUGCUAGAGGAAUUCCUCACGCAGCAAUGCGAGUCGCGUUUGCACGAAAUACACUUUUUGUCAGUAUCUCAAAGUGGCUACAAUUUCAAUGAUGAAAACAGUGCAACGGCAGCUUUUUGUGCUGCAAACGAUCAAGCAACGCGUGAGCGAGUGUUGAUGUCACUAGAAAGCAAAGUGUUGAUCAAGACACAGCAUCACUUAGCAACGAGAUUUGCGGAAGAGUGGAGAAAAUUGCUUGUGAAUGCAAGUGUUGAUUUAGUGGCUAGAUUGGCAAAAUGCUGGGAAAAUGAUAAUGUGGCGCCUGAGUUUCUUAACGUGAUAUUUCGUGCUUUUGAUAAGGACGAAGAAACAAUCAAAGAGGAACUCGUGGCCAAGCACGCGCAAUUUCGCCAGUUGUGUGCUACACAAAUGUACCAGUCACUUUUUGGCUAA